UAUGCCUCAUUAUCCAGAGGAGAUAGAAUAUUCUGACAAAUAUUUUGAUGAUUAUUAUGAAUAUAGACAUGUUAUCUUGCCCAAACACAUAUUUAAAAAAAUUACAAAAGGUAUUUAAAUUAGUUAAAUGUAGGAAAAUUAUUAAAUGAAAUGGAAUGGAGAGCAAUAGGUGUACAACAAUCUAGAGGAUGGGUUCAUUAUGAAACUCAUAGACCUGAACCUCACAUCUUGUUAUUUAGACGACCAAAGAAUACUGACCCAAAUACUGGUUUACCACCCCCGGGAUUUAGUGCGCCAUAUUGAU